AUGCAUGAUAAUAAGGGUGAAAAUACAACUACAAACAGAAUAAUCGAAGAUCAAAAAAAAAUAAGCAACAACAUUAAUCAAAUGUCUCAAGAAAUCAGCAAUGCUAAUUCCUCUGAAUUAAAAAAAACGAAAUCAAGUAAUCAACCAUCAUUAAUAGAUCAUUCAACGAUUGCAAUUUCUGAUAAUUUAGAAAACGCUAGCAGUAACCUAUCACCUACCAAUUUUAACAAUAAUCUGUCAUCCACUGGAUUAUUAAAACCAAAAACACAAGUGGAAUAUAAAGGUUACGGUGAUCAUGAGAAGGAACAUGCAUUGAAACGUGAACAGAUAAAACUUGAAACUAAUAAUAAUCGAGACCAACUUUUAGGAAAUAGUGGCAACGUGAAUAUUGAGCAUUCGCAGCAAAAUCAACGUUCUAUUUUUGUACCUCGACCACCAUCACAUCAACAACCAUUAUCUAACCAACAGCCGUCGUCUCCUCAACAAUCAUCAUCUCCCCAACAACCGCCGUCUCUCCAACAACCAUCAUCUCACCAACAACCACCGUCUCGCCAACAACCACCGUCUCGCCAACAGCCACAGUCUCACCAACAACCACCGUCUCACCAACAACCAUCAUCUCAACAACAACCACUGUCUCAUCAGCAGCAACCACUAUCUCACCAACAUCCAUCAUCUCAUCAACAACAGCAGUCUCCUCAACAACUACCACCGUCUCUCCAACAACCACCACCUUCUCUCCAACAACCACUGUCUCUCCAACAACCACUGUCUCAUCAACAACUUCUAUCUCACCAACAACCAUCUCCACAAUUAUUUUAUCGGACACCACAUCCACAACAGUUGCCUCAUCGUAAACCACCUCCACAGCAAUUACAACCACCCUUACAGCAACUAUCUCAUAGACAACCAUCUUUGCAAAUGGGACCACGAAAUGAUACAAAUCCUACGCAGCAGCUACUAAAACCAUUACAACCACAACAAAGACCACCAACAAAUUCUAAUGUUUAUAAAGUGAAUGAAUCUGAUCAAUUGGUAUUUCAAAAGAAUAAGUCAAAUUUACAUCAGGAAAGUAAAAAUGAAACGGCCUUUUCCACAAUUGCUUUAGAUGGAUUAAAAUCUGUAGAAAAUUCUGACAUCAAAUUUGAAAAUAACAAGAAUCCUUUACAAAACCAGGGUUGGACCAGUAGUAGUAACACUUCGGAGAAUCCAAACAUACGUCAACGUAUUUCGCAACUUCCAAUGGAUACAAAAAAUUCAAAAACUUCUGGUAAUGAAAAAGAAUUGUUGAUUGGAGGACGGACCAGAACAAGCGACAAACAUACACAAUUUCAAAAUCCGUUUUCAACGAGUCUUCACUGGACUUGGAUUUUAUUGAUUUUCCUUGCAUUAGGAGCUAUCGCGUUUACUGAUUCAAUUCAUGUCGAAGAGAAAAAAGUUCACAUUAAGAUGCAACGUCCUUUCUUGGAAGUAUUUACAAACUCAACGGUCACUUUAAUGCAAGAUCUUGACAAGAUUAGUGAUUUACCUGUAUUUUCAGAAAAACAUUUAAUAAUUUUAUGA